AUGCAUGUGGUUUGGCAAUGUCCUGCAACUUGUGAUGUGUGGUCAGAGUCACUGAGUAUAUUGCAGAAGAUGAAGAUAGAAGAAUCUGAUCUAUUAGCUUUGUGGGAAAAAUUAGUGAAAAAGGUGAAUGAUUCAGAAUUAGAGGAGGUAGCUGUUGUGAUGAGGGGCUUAUGGUUGAGAAGAAAUGAGUGUAUCUUUGAAGACAAGUUCAAAUAUCCAAGUCAAGUAAUAAGAUUUGCUAAGCAUGAUCUGACAGAAUACCAAUUGGCUCAGCAGAUAUCAAAGGCAAGUAGUAGCAGGAAUGAGGCGAGUCGUAGUAGAAAUUUGAGGUGGGAGAAACCAAGUCCAAGUUUUGUAAAAGUUAAUGGGGAUGCAACAGUUGACAAAAAGGAAAGGAAGGUGGGUAUAGGGGUUGUAAUCAGAGAUGAAGAAGGGGAAACGUUAGUAGUUGUGGAGGGAUAG